CUCCGCUGUGGUGCUGAUCACCGACACUCAACCGAGAAGACUCCCUCGCGAACCAAAUACAAGGGCGCUAUUUCGAUGUAUGGAUGUGACGAAAAAGAGAACAUAGACGAGCCCCAACAUGACGGGCAACGUCCCGGCCGCCUGAUUUCGCGCAACCCGGCGGAGCGAGCGCGGCUGUCCUUCUCUAAGGUGAAUGUUGAUGACACCAUUGAAAUGUUACCAAAAUCAAGGCGAGCGUUGACCAUUCAAGAGAUUGCAGCGUUGGCGCGAUCCUCCCUGCAUGGUAUUUCGCAGGUAGUGAAGGACCAUGUGACGAAGCCCACAGCCAUGGCCCAGGGCAGAGUAGCUCACCUCAUCGAGUGGAAGGGAUGGUGUAAGCCGAUGGAAACGCCUGCAGCCCUGGAAUCGGACUUUAAUUCUUACUCUGAUCUCACCGAGGGAGAGCAGGAGGCACGCUUUGCUGCUGGUGUCGCAGAACAGUUCGCCAUUGCCGAGGCUAAACUGAGGGCCUGGUCGUCAGUGGAUGGUGACGAUUCCAACGAUGACUCAUACGAUGAAGACUUUUUGCCUGCCAACGAGCCUGCAACACAGAGCACAGAUGUGCCGUCAUAUCCUCUGCACUUAAAGGACCUGAUCCACAGUCAGCUUUGUCAACACCUGGCCCUGCGUGAGCCGCGCAGAGAAGGAGAGAGCGGAGGAGGCGGCAGGGAGCCGUCCCCCACGGCGGGCUCGCCGGACACUCUGUGCUCCAGCCUGUGCAGCCUCGAUGAACACCACCCGCUCCUGCGCGACCUGAGCGGCCACCGCGGGGGGCACGGCGACGCCGCCGAGCUGGCCGCCAAAAUUCUGGCGGCGCUGCAGGGAGGGGAGGAGCUUCUGCUGGCCCGACUUCAGAGGGUGGCCCAAACGGGGCCCGUUGGGAGGGACUGUGGUUUCCAUACCAUAGGGGGCAGCGUGCAUGGCAUCAGGCCUCGCGGUGGUCAGGAGUCUCCCGCGUAUUCAAUGUCCUACUCUGAGACAUACCUGUCGCCCGGGGAGGACGACGACACCCCCUGCAAGGACUACGAGGCCACCUUGUGCCAGGCGGAGGCCAACGCGGAGGAGUUCCCACGGGAUUACGAGCCUCGCAGGAGGAUGUCCGAUGUGGCCUCUUCAGGGGUCGUUUCGCUUGAUGAGGAUGAGGAGGAGGUUGACGAAACAGAUCAGGGCGGCUCAAACGACCAAUGACUCCUCUCACCUCAGUGUUAUUUGACGCUCUUUUUUUUACGCCCUCUAUCAUGAGGCCAACGUUUGAUUGUUUACAGUGGAAACCCGCAUACUUGCGAAGUCACCUAUUUGUUUUCUUCUUUGUUGUAUAUCCCCGCUUAUUCAAGAUUUUUGUUGGGUUUAAAAACAAAAACAAAAAACAAUGCAAUUCGAAUGGGCGUCAAUUAUCCACCGAUUUUCGCUAUUCGCGGUCAGGCCCGGUCAAUAUCCUCUGCGAAUUGCGGAGGUCCACUGUACGCCUCUUCAUCAUCCAUCUUUGCCUUACUUGCAAAAUUUCAACCCCAUUUGAUAAUUCUUAAGAAACUCAUUCAA